CCUGCGCACCGAGCGAGCGUCGCGGAGGCCAAGUCCCUGGCCGUCCCGGCCGGUCAGCCCAGGGAGCACCUUGUGAGAUGGCAGCAGCCGAAGAUGAGUUACUGCUACCGCGGCUCCCCGAACUGUUCGAAACCAGCCAGCAGCUCCUGGAUGAGGUGGAAGUAGCGACUGAACCCACUGGCUCCCGCAUAAUCCAAGAUAAAGUGAUCAAGGGACUAGACCUCCUGAAGAAGGCUGCCGAAAUGUUAUCGCAGCUCGACCUGUUCAGCCGAAAUGAAGAUUUGGAAGAGAUUGCUUCCACCGACCUGAAGUACCUGAUGGUGCCAGCAUUUCAAGGAGCGUUCGCCUUGAAACAAGUCAACCUCAGCAAACGUCUAGAACACUUGCAAUGGGCUCGAGAACACUUUUUAAACUAUUUAACUCAGUGCCAAUACUAUCAUGUGGCAGAGUUUGAGCUGCCCAAAACCAAGACCAACUCAGCAGAAAAUAACACUGCUAAUUCCUCCGUGGCCUAUCCUAGCCUCGUUGCUAUGGCAUCUCAGAGACAGGCUAAGAUAGAGAGAUACAAGCAGAAGAAGGAGGUGGAACAUAGGUUGUCAGCACUGAAAUCUGCUGUGGAAAGUGGUCAAGCAGAUGAUGAACGUGUUCGUGAAUAUUACCUCCUUCAUCUUCGAAGGUGGAUUGGGAUCAGCUUGGAAGAGAUUGAGAGCAUUGACCAGGAGAUAGUGAUCCUGAGAGAAAAAGACUCUUCAAAAGAGGCAUCAACUUCUCACUCAUCUCGUCAGGAUAAGCCUCCAAUGAAACCGUUUGUUCUCACUCGGAACAUGGCCCAAGCCAAAGUGUUUGGAGCUGGUUAUCCAAGUCUGGCAUCUAUGACGGUAAAUGACUGGUAUGAUCAGCAUCGGAAACUUGGAGCACUACCAGAUCAAGGAAUAGCCAAGACUACAACAGAGUUCAAAAGGGCAGCUCAGCAACAAGAAGAUCAGGAAAAAAAGGAGGAAGAGGAAGAUGAACAAGCACUCCACAGAGCUCGGGAGUGGGAUGACUGGAAGGACACCCAUCCUAGGGGCUAUGGCAACCGACAGAACAUGGGUUAGUCUCCCCACAAAAACACAAGUCAGGACUACAGGGUGCCCAUUUUCCCUGCCAAGGAAAGCUGUGCAGUCUUCCCCUCCCUGGGCUUCUGCUUCAGCCAUGUGCAACGAAGGCAGAGACGCUUGAUCUUGCUUUGCAUUCAAUAAAGUGUCAAACAGUUAAGUGUGUAUUUUUACCCUAGAUGAUGAGCCAGUGAUCUUGUUUUGGCGUUAUCAUCCUCAUCAUGGUAUAUUACAAUUUUCUUAAGUGGAAAGAAAUUAAUACUGAUAAAUAGCUCUGUAUAAUCAAUGGCUGUAUGAAUUCUCUCUAAAAAAUAAUAAAGGUCCCUUCUAUCACAUGAGCCUGUGCAGAAA